UUACAGUACUGGUCAUAACUCUCCUUCCUUUGCAUUAUUAGAGCAAAUUUCCGUCUUCAUCAAAGCCCUGUUAAACGGCGCCACCUUCGAGCACACCAGAACAGGAAUCCCAUCUGUGUACUACUGCACGCAUGCAACGAUAUUAUCCUUGACGCCAUGAUCAUCACCCGAGGAAUAUCCCUGACCAACUUCGCCGUGGCCUCGUCUGCCCUGGCGUUCCAAGUCUUUGUUCUCUAUCCGUGGCACAAACAGUUGGACGAUGAUUUCGAGGCGUUGAAGAAGGAGCAUCUCCGGCUUCUGCACAAGAUUGAUACAGCCGGGUUUGGGCAGCCCAAGGGAAUUCAGGAAUAAGCGGUUAACCAGAGGCGGAGGUUUAUAGCUAAUAGAAGGAGUACAUAUAGGAUAGAGCGUGCAUCAACUGUUUUACUUAUGGUGGCAAGGUCUCUAGAAGUGUACUUCGUUUCAACUUGACAUUGGCGUUUUGGAAGAACUUCCAGAUUACUUCGAUUGUUCGUUUGUCAUUCCUCAUCGACGGGCGAUGCUAAGGCCUCAUCCUCUACACUACCUAGACCGGAUGUUUCGGCAUGUAGCCACUUGGACAACGGAAUAUACCGGUGUAGAUCUGUUGCGAAAGGGUGUUACUACGUACUAGCUUUUCACCAAUGUACUCAGGAUGGUCCGGAAUAUUCAAACACUCUCUGAAGCAUCCUUGGUAACCAAAGACCCAUUACCUACCAAUCAAUACUUGUACUCGCUUGCGG